CCUUAAACACAUCCAUGACAUUUCAUCGUCCUAACUAACAAGACAAGUAGCAACUUGAAACUAACAACUCACAAUUAGCAACUCGCGACUAUCUGAUCCCAACUGAUCUACCCCCCAAACAACAUCAGGGGCCCGUUGACCCAUUCAUUUAGAACAAAAGACCCUCCGUACAUAUCACAGCGUAACGACUAAUAUACGUUGCUCGGUAGUUGAACUCGAAGAUCCUGGCAAUCCUUAGAGUUCCUGCGUAGACGAUCAACCCGCAGGUAAUAUGCCGUGCCGGGAAAAGAAGAGAGGGAAUAAAAACAGGGGAGAAAAAAUGAUGAUGAUGAUUAUUGAUAUUAUUUAGAUUCCAAAGCAAUUAUGUGGAGAUGAUUGCGUGUACAAUCCCGAGCGCAAAACUCACAGAGAACGAUACGAUACGAUACGAUAUUAUAUUAUAUUAUUAGGACAACUCAAAGCCAUAGUGCUGUUCUUGUUUCACUUCCUUCUCAUCCCUCCUCAUCUUUUCUCACCCCUCCCCUCUCCUCCUUAGCUAAACCUCAUUGCUCAGGGGUAUUAGUACAAACAAGUACUAUCUAAAAAAAAGAACCCCCGGCCCUCUUCCAACGUUUUUUUUCAUGGCCGGAAGGCUCACCCAAAAGAUCCUUGGCCAUAUCGGCCCACUCCUUAGCGGCGGCGGCGGCGAUGGCCAACAAACGGCGCUAAUUUCAACCUCACCCGUGCCAUCGCCACAUCCACAUCCCCCGCUCGGCACGGAUAUCGGCCUCUGGAAGGUCGACACCAAUGAAACCGUGCUGCACCCCUGGGGUGGGACGUACCCGCGCCUGUGCCGCCUAACCGACGGUGCUCUUUUAGCCGUCUCCACCGCAUUCCCCGGCCCCGGCCAGCACGUCCUGCAAGUUUCGCGCAGUGUUGACGGUGGGCGGACUUUCCUACCGCACGGCGAAAUCGCGCGUGGCGUCGGCGAUAUCGAUAAUGGGUUUUUGAUCGAGGUACCUCCUUCGCCCUCGACCCCGAGGAAUCAUCCUGUUGUGCUUGCUGCCUUUCGGAAUCAUGAUCGCCCUCUUGGCGGCCAGCCUACCCACUUUCGGAUCACCGUAUGCCGUAGCGAAGACGGCGGGCGCUCCUGGCACUUCGCCUCGCAAGCCGCCGAGCAAAGCGCAGCCAGUAGCUCAGGGCUCGGGCUAUGGGAACCCUUCAUGCGGCUGUCCUCACACAACCCAACGCACGUCCAACUGACCUUCUCGCGCGAGCUCGCCCCCGACAACCAGGAGACCUUCCGCGUCGACUCCCACGACGCCGGCACCACCUGGACCUCGCCCGCCCGCUGUCUGCGCUGCCACGCGCCCUGGGCGAACCUCCGCGACGGCAUGCAAGGCAUCGUCUCCAUCCGUGACCUAAGUAUCCCCGGCAGCGGCGAGGCCCUCGUCAUCGUCUUCGAGACAACCCGCCACCGCACCUUCAGCGUCGAGUACGCCGUCUCCUACGACGAAGGCGAGACCUGGGGUCACCGCGGUGUUGUCUACCAGCCCCGUCCCGGCCGCAACGCCGGCGCCCCCCAGAUCGAGCGCUACGGCGCCAACGGCAUCGUCGUUGUCUUCAUGACGGACGAGGAUGCAGGGGGCCCGUCGGUGUGGCCGGGGAAGGCGGCGAUUAAAGCUGUGUUUGCGGAGGGCUUGUUUGGUGGGAAGGUUACGUUUAGCAGCAGGCCGUUGAUGGUACAUCGGGCGCCGUCGUAUUGGCCUGGGCUGGUGAGUCUGGGGGCGGGGGAGGUCAUGGCGGUUUAUGAGCAUGGGGGAAAGCCGCUGGGGAGGCGGUUGCGGUUAGGUACUUAGGUACGUAGGUGUGUAGAGAAAAUUAUGAAUUACACAUUAUCAAUUAUUACG